AAAGGCGGAGCUGAGGGGCGGUGAUCGCUCUCUUCCUUCUAGAGCUCGCCCUUGGUACCCUGCUUCCAGUUCCGAGGCCCAGCGCUUCCACCCGCUCUGCAGCCGGCACCAUGCGCGAGAUCGUGCACAUCCAAGCGGGCCAGUGCGGCAACCAGAUUGGCGCCAAGUUUUGGGAGGUCAUCAGUGAUGAGCAUGGGAUCGACCCCACUGGCAGUUACCAUGGAGACAGUGACUUGCAGCUGGAGAGAAUCAACGUGUACUACAAUGAAGCUGCUGGUAACAAGUAUGUACCUCGGGCCAUCCUGGUGGAUCUGGAGCCAGGCACCAUGGACUCUGUCAGGUCUGGACCAUUUGGCCAGAUCUUCAGGCCCGACAACUUCGUGUUUGGCCAGAGCGGGGCCGGGAACAACUGGGCAAAGGGCCACUACACAGAGGGUGCUGAACUGGUCGACUCGGUCCUGGACGUGGUGAGGAAGGAGUCAGAAAGCUGUGACUGUCUGCAGGGCUUCCAGCUGACCCACUCGCUGGGGGGUGGCACAGGCUCGGGGAUGGGCACCCUGCUCAUCAGCAAGAUCCGGGAGGAGUAUCCAGACCGCAUCAUGAACACCUUCAGUGUGAUGCCCUCACCUAAGGUGUCCGACACGGUGGUGGAGCCCUACAAUGCCACCCUCUCUGUCCACCAGCUGGUGGAAAACACAGAUGAAACCUAUUCCAUUGACAACGAGGCCCUGUAUGACAUCUGCUUCCGCACCCUGAAACUGACCACCCCCACAUAUGGAGACCUCAACCACCUGGUGUCAGCCACCAUGAGCGGUGUCACCACCUGCCUGCGCUUCCCGGGCCAGCUGAACGCAGACCUGCGCAAGCUGGCCGUCAACAUGGUGCCCUUCCCCCGCCUGCACUUCUUCAUGCCCGGCUUCGCCCCCCUGACCAGCCGGGGCAGCCAGCAGUACCGGGCGCUGACGGUGCCUGAGCUCACCCAGCAGAUGUUCGACUCCAAGAACAUGAUGGCCGCCUGCGACCCCCGCCACGGCCGCUACCUGACAGUGGCUGCUAUCUUCCGGGGCCGCAUGUCCAUGAAGGAGGUGGACGAGCAGAUGCUCAACGUGCAGAACAAGAACAGCAGCUACUUCGUGGAGUGGAUCCCCAACAAUGUGAAGACGGCCGUGUGCGACAUCCCUCCUCGGGGCCUGAAGAUGUCGGCCACCUUCAUCGGCAACAGCACGGCCAUCCAGGAGCUGUUCAAGCGCAUCUCGGAGCAGUUCACGGCCAUGUUCCGGCGCAAGGCCUUCCUGCACUGGUACACGGGCGAGGGCAUGGAUGAGAUGGAGUUCACGGAGGCCGAGAGCAACAUGAACGACCUGGUGUCCGAGUACCAGCAGUACCAGGACGCCACGGCCGACGAACAGGGGGAGUUCGAGGAGGAGGAAGGCGAGGAUGAGGCUUAAGAACUUCUUAAAUACAUCGUGCAUUGUUAGUGAAUUUCUGUUGUCCUCAAUCAAGCAUGGUUUUUCUAUUUGUAUACUAUGGUGCUCAGUUUUGCCUCUGUCAGAAGUUCUAAGAUAUCUAUACUAAUUAUAAAGCAUGUGUCUAAAAUCUUCUGGUUUCUUUCUUUUUUUCUUUCACUAGAUACUUCUUGAAUAUGAUUAUGGGUUUACUAAUCAUAACAAAAUAGAAUUUCUACUUUUUUAAAUUUUUAAUUAAAUGGGUGACAUUGAUUAAUGGGGUCACAUAGGUUUCAAGUGUACAUUUCUAUAACACAUGAUCUAUAUAUUGCAUUGUGUCGACCACCCAAAGUCAAAUCAUGUUGUUAUCACGUACUUAAUUAAUAGUUCUAUUAAUAAAGAGAUAAAAAAUAAUUUUUUCAUCUUCACUGGUCCAAAAUAUGAAAGUUAAGGAAUCCAGCAAAGGUAAGGGAGUGAAUAGAUUUGAGGUAAAGUCAACCUUUUUCCUUUUGCUGGAGUUAUAGAUCUGGUAAAAAUCUAGAAUUGAGGACCUUAGGCAAGGACUUUCUUCUGUUUCUUUUCUCGCUUUGCACAAUGACACAACUACAGAGACAAGAGAGUGCUUGCACCUUUCAGAAGGCACAGCGUGGGUUCACAGCGCCCCAAAAUAGCAGCCAGGAGCUCAAGUGCUCCUCUAACAUUUAUUUGCAAAUAAAUAAAUCACCAUAAGGAAUUUGUUUUAAGACAAUGGUAGAGAUCCAAACUUAAUGUUAAAAAGUCAGACUUAAUUUUUGUAGCUAUUAGAGGAUGUUUUUAAUGUUAUUUUUCCUAUUGGAUUAACAGCAGUUGUGGGGAGGAACAGAAAGCCUAGAGGGAAGGUGAACUGGGGUGUGACGUGGGGGUGGGUUCCAGACGCCGCAACAGGCAGAUGAAGCCUCUUGCUAAGGAAUCGCCAGGUUACAUGUUCAUUGUAAGAAGUGUUCUGCCAACUUGUUGAAUUCAUCUGCAAAACGUAAGUGGAGGUUGUGUUUGCCUUCUGGCAUCAGAUGCAACCUAAAAAGAAAAA